GCGUCGCCACUCGCGCACCCCUCCUCUCCUCCGACCUCAGCUUCCUCCCUCCCUCCCCGUCGCUCGCCAUGGCGGCCUUCGCCCCCGCUUCCCCCUCGCCGGCGAUCUCCGUCUCCCCCUGGCGCAUGUCGUCGCUGCGUGCCGCUCUCCCCUCCGCCCGCCCCUCCUCGGCCGGGAAGCUCCGGUCGUCGUUCUCGCCCGCGGCGGCGGCCACGGCGGCGUCGGUUGGGUGCCUCAGCUCCUUCUCCGGCCUCGCCCCCAUAUCGCCUCUCCUCUCCCUCGGAGAAGAGACUUCAAGCUUUGAGCAUCGAUUAUUUGGUAUUGAUGCCCGUGGGAGGAUAGUGGCAAUGAGACAUGGGAGGCGUGUUCCUAAACUUAGCAGACCUCCAGAUCAGCGAAAAGCACUUCUCCGCGGGCUGACCACACAGCUGCUGAAGCAUGGAAGGAUAAAGACUACCAGGCCAAGAGCAAAGGCAAUGAGGAAGUAUGUUGAGAAGAUGAUCACACUGGCAAAAGAUGGGUCUCUUCACAAGAGGAGGCAGGCACUAGCAUUUAUCUAUGAGAAGCAUAUAGUCCAUGCGUUGUUUGCUGAGGUUGCAGACAGGUAUGGGGAAAGAGAGGGAGGCUACACAAGGAUCAUCCCAACAUUUCCAAGACGGGGAGACAAUGCACCUAUGGCUUACAUUGAGCUUGUCUAGGUGGCGGUUCAUUCGAGCAUGCUGCUUAGGAGCAGGGGUCAAAAACUGCCUUUUGAAUAUUUGUUUACAUGUUUUCUUUUGUAACAUUGUGUAGAUCAUGUAUGAUAUUUUAAACAGUCAAAUUUCUAUGCUGUAAUUGCCAAAGCAUUGUGCUGCUACAUUUUGUUGUGUUCAUGGCGUCAUAAUCUGGUGCCGUUGAAGUUAUGGACUGUUUUUCUGUCAGUUA